AUGUUGCACUACGACGAUGUUUUGCGAAAUAUACUGGGAGAGUUCGGCACUUACCAGAAGGCGUGUUUCAUUCUUGUUGGUAUAGCAGCGCCCUUGCCGUUAGCGCUUGUGACAUUAUCGCCAGUAUUUCUAUUUGCAACCACCGACUCAUUGUGCAAAGUACCAGAAGCUUCUGAAAUCAGUAAACAGAUUUGUUUUAACAACACUAUCGGUAACUGUGACCUACUGGUGAAGAAUCUCACCAUUCCAAGAAUCAAUAAAGAUAUUGGAUGCGGUUCGGUAUCGGUAUUUGAUCAAUGUCGUCGAUAUAACAUAUCUUAUGAUGACAUUGCUGCCUACCCUGAAACAAAUAUCGAAAGUUUUAUUAACAACAAUGAAACAAUAAAAUGUGAUCAUGGAUGGGAGUAUGACAGAUCACAAUAUAAAUUAACAGUGUCGCAUCAGUUUGACUUGGUUUGUGACAGGUUCUAUAUGAAUGCUCUGCCAACGUCUGUUUAUAUGUUUGGGAUGCUCGCCGGCUCCAUUAUUUGGGGAUAUGUUCUUGACAUGUUUGGUAGAAUGACUGGUUUCAUGGUUGGAAAUGUCCUAUUAAUAAUCACUGGUAUCAUUGGAGCAUUCCCUUUUAAUUACGUGAUGUUCGUUGUGAUGAGAUUUUUUAUCCCUGUAUCUCAAUACGGUGUAUACCUUGCUGGUUUUGUUUUAGUUUGCGAGUAUGUUGGACCAACAAAGCGUACAUUUACUGGAAUGAUGUAUUCUUCAUUUUUUAGUGCCGGUUACAUGGUUUUAGCAGUCUAUGCCUAUUUUAUACGAGAAUGGUGGAUUUUACAAUUGGUGACAAUUGUUCCAAAUGUGAUAUUUUUGAUUUACUAUUGGGUUGUUCCCGAAUCGCCAAGAUGGUUAAUAUCAGUCGGGAGAACCAAGGAAGCUGAGAAUAUUAUCUCUCGCUGUGCAAGAAUUAACAAAGUCGAUAUUCCUAAAGAUCUCUUCAAGCAGGAAUGGCAAAACGAAACAAAACGUGACAAUACAGGUGACUUAAACCAGACGAAGUAUGGUUGCAUUACUCUAAUAAGAUACCCAAACUUGAGAAAGAAAACCAUUAUCCUAUGUUACACUUGGAUCACUAUUACUCUUAUAUAUUAUGGGAUAUCAUUCGACACGUCAAAUCUGGGUGGAAAUGUUUACCUUAACAUGUUCAUAUCUGGAGUUGUAGAAAUUGCUGCCUACAUAUUUGGUAUCAUCCUGAUGGAAAAUUCUAGAAUAGGACGUCGCUGGGCACAUUGUUCAACAUUGGUGUUUGCUGGUAUUGCAUGCAUUGCCUUAGCAUUCGUUCCUCCUUGCGGUGGUUACGUUUGGUUAGGAAUAACAUUGGCGAUGUUGGGCAAAUUUGGCAUCACGUCUGCUUUUGGAAUGAUAUACGUCUAUUCUGCUGAAUUAUUCCCUACUCCUUUGAGAUCAGUCGGCGUAGGAACGUGUUCCAUGUGCGCACGUAUUGGUGGUAUUUUGGCACCUCAAUUGCUUUUAAUGGGUGAAGUGUGGAAACAACUUCCUCCCUUGGUAUUCGGCAUCACCUCAAUUGUAGCAGGUAUAUUAAUUGUAUUCUUACCAGAAACACGGGGAGUAGAAUUACCGGAAAGUAUAGAAGAAGCCGAACAGUUUGGAAACAAGUAUGGAAUUAUUCAGAAUAAUGAUCCACGCAAGCAAAAUAAGGGGGUGAAUAUUGUUGCGAACGAGGACAAUUCCGUGGAAUUAAAUGUUUUGUAA